AUGUAUGAUACUCAGACCGUUAACACAAUUCAUGGAUGUAUGUUACUCAGACCGUUAACACAAUUCAUGGAUGUGUGUUACUCAGACCGUUAUCGCAAUUCAUGGAUGUAUAAUGCUGAGAGCGUUAAUUACAAUUCAUGGAUGUAUGAUUCUCAGACCGUUAAUACAAUUCAUGGAUGUAUGAUUCUCAGACCGUUAACACAAUUCAUGGAUGUGUGUUACUCAGACCGUUAUCGCAAUUCAUGGAUGUAUAAUGCUGAGAGCGUUAAUCACAAUUCAUGGAUGUAUGAUACUCAGACCGUUAACACAAUUCAUGGAUGUGUGUUACUCAGACCGUUAUCGCAAUUCAUGGAUGUAUAA